AGUGCAGCUGUCAGGUGCAUCAGACGACUCCACUACCCGGGGUGAACAACAACAUGGACCAAACAGAUACAAGGACGACUGUUGAGAAACCCAGUUUGACAGAGGAAGAAGCAACGCAGCUCAUAGAACGACGUUACGGAUUCAAAGUUGAAUCUCUGAGGCCGAUGAAUAGUUACGUCGAUUUGAAUUUCUAUGUUAAAGUUGCUGACAACAAUCUCUCUUGGCCCCAUGGAUACACAUUGAAAGUUACCAACAGUACUUACUCCAAAAAUGGAGAUUUGUUCGAGGCUCAGACGAAAAUGAUGACUUUCCUGGCACGCAAAGGAUUCCCGGUUCCGCAGGCAGUACCCAACCUUCGGGGUGAGGUCAUGAGUUUAGAAAGUCUUCCAGGAAACAACAACGGUCGGUGUUCUAAAAAUAUGGUGCGUCUUUUGACGUAUCUACCCGGGAGCAUUUACUACGAUGUCCCUAUGACCCUAUCUAUUGCCCAUGAUGCUGGUGUCUUCCUAGCCAAAGUACAAGAAGCUUUGCAGGAUUUCACCCACCCAGCACUCCACCGGCCCGACAUGUUGUGGAGCCUGGCUAGCCUCCCCAGUCUGAACAAAUACCUGUACUGUCUCAAGGAUGAGUGGAUAAAGGACAAAAUCAGGAAGAUGGUGCAAACCUUUGAGGAAAAGGCGUUGUCUCGAAUUGAUGAGCUUCUACAAGGUGCUGUGCAUGGAGACUUCAACGACCAGAAUGUCCUCGUCGAAGAGGAUCCCGCAGACCCAGGGAAGCACAGGAUCUGCGGGCUCCUGGAUUUCGACCUCAUCAUCUACAACCCGUACGUGUUUGACCUUGCCAUCGGUCUGAUGUAUCUCAUGUCUGUAGUGAGAGACCCGGACAACCCAAUCACAUUCGGAGGACACUUUUUGGCAGGAUAUGAAAGUGUUCGCCCCCUGACACCAGUAGAACGGGAUGUUCUGUACUACUGUGUGGUUGCCAGGAUGUUACAGUCCUACGUUUACGGGCACCACACGGCCAGUAUGUACCCAGAGAACAGAGAGUACCUCCUGGUCACUGCGGGGGGUCUCUGGACGCUCAUCGACAGGUGGUGGGGCACCCCGAAGGCAGAGAUCUACAGACAGUGGAGAGACAUUCAGAAAUCUAUUCAGAAUCAGCCUAAGUAGUGUAGUCAUGCAUAAUGUGUUAAUAGCUGCCUACUGCACAUGAUUUGUGGGUUAUGUUAAAGAUGAAGGAAACAUUCAUAAUGUUGAUUAUGCAGGAGACGAACAUCAUGUUGGAGACGCUGUUGUGAAGAGAUGGGAUAGAAUAUAAUGCAGCAAUACUUCGCUUUCAUGAUUUUGAUUACUAUCUUGCUUUCCUUCGGUAGUGAAAAGUUCUUGUAUUGACAGGAGGGCUGGAAUAAGUAUUUUGUAAUUACCAGAUACAGUAGUUUUCUAUGAAAAGAGCUCUUGCUAUGGUGCUAUUGAAGAUAGUGACAUAAGAGGCACUCUCCCGUGUUGAAUUGGAAUACCUUCUACUGACACGGGCUUGAAAGGAAAUUCUUGUGCCUGAAAGAAGGUUUGACAAAUGGAAACAUCAGAGUGAUGUCCCGGUAGUUUCGAAUUUUAUCAGGAUCAGCUGAGCUACUGGUUCCAAAUGCUGGUAAUACCCAGGUUCAAUGAUACUGGGGCACAUUGGUUGGGGUUGCGCCCGUUUUUCGAAAGGGGCGUAGACUGGGGGUCCCGUACGUGUUGUUAGGGGGGCGAAGGGCUAGACCCCCCUCGCUGUAAUAGUAUACCCUGCUACUGAAACAACAUAAUGAAACUUUCUGCCCUAUAUGCUUAAAGGCACUUCAAUGGUCCGAACGAACGAACGCUGAACUCAGAGCCAUUUAACGACCGGACACGGACUAUGAACACUGAGCUUCUUGCCCCACUAUAUGUGUUGUACCAUAUAUGUGUAGUGAUAUAUAGGUUGUUGGAUUUAUUAGUA